GGGAGGAUACUGGGAGGCAUUGGGGACACACUGGGAGUACUGGGAGGGCACUGGGGAGGCACUAGGGACCCACUGUGGACACACUGGGUACGCACUGGAGGGACACUGGGAGGCACUGGGAGGCACUGGGAGUGACUGGGGAUACACUGGGAAGCACUGGGGGGACACUGGGAGCGCUCUGGGGAUCACUGAGACACCUCAGGUGCAGUUUUGGGGUCUCUCAGUGGCCCUUUGGGGGACGCUGGGCUAUUCUGGGGGUUACUGGGCGGCACUGGGAGUGACUGGGAGUGCCCAUCCCCCAGCGCCGGGGCAGGCCCGUGGGGACCCCCUGCCCCCUCUGCCGGGACCGGAACCUGCUCCUGGAUUUUCGGAACGUGAAGCUGCUGGACCAGUUCAUCUGUCCCCACUCUGGUGUCAUCUUCCACCCCAUCCACACAGGGAUCUGCAUGCAGCAGCACAAGCGCCUGUCCCAGGCCAUCGCCCAGGCCCAAGCCCACGGUCUGCUCUGGCUCCACGUGCCUUUUGUGCCGGUUCCUGAGGAGGAUUUCUCCAACCAACACGCGGCCGUGGGGAAAACGCCCCCAGCGCCCGCCCUGAGGGAGCGGGGCCGGGCCUGGUACCCCUGGUACGAGUGGCAGCAGCCCCCUGCCGCUGAGGUGGCCCGGAUGCGCCGCAUUUACCGGGGAUUCCUCAAGGACAAUUACCCCGAUACCCCCCCAAACCCGGCGGGAAAAUAAAACGGUUUGAAAUCCC